AUGGUUGAAGGUCUAACCCGGUACCAAAUUUCACCCCCCACUGAUAUCGUGAUUCUCCACGAUAGACAAUCCCUGAACGAUUACGUGAAGAUCAAUCCGAACGGUAUGCUCCAUGCCGAGAAUGGAGGCUACUACCUGAAGGACAUGGAAGACGUGGUCGUUGCCAUCGCUAGUGAUGACCUGUGCAAUGAGCUGGAUGGUGCCUGGGAUAGCGCUGAGGCUGCUGCUGAUGUGCGCGACGCGGCUCAAUCUAAUUCUGUGGCUGGCUCUUGA